AUGGCACAUCAAGCGAUGUGGAUCUUCAUUGGUCUGUAUCUGUGUGUCUACUUCUGUGCAGGGAUAUUCGGACACACUUGUGACAAAGGUGUCAACCACGGUGACCUCAUAUCCAGCUGCAUGACGUACAAUAGCCUAAACUCUCGACAGUCGGCAGUGGGCGACACACAACGCCUGCUGAUGAGUGCAGUUGAUCGGAUACUCGCUGAGCUUGACUGGACUGCUAUCACUGUCAUAUUUGAUGAUGAAACAGAAAUAUUUGUACGAAGCCUGUCUGAGGCGCUAGAGGAUACCCGGGUCACUGAGUGCAGGUUGCUGCAUGUGCCCGACAGUCUCCAUGGCAACAACAGUCGUCAUUUCCGGUCAAAGCUUCUGGAGUUUUAUGUUGAGGAUACCUCCCACUAUAAACCCUUCCUAGUUGUUUGUCGGGGUGACUGUGCAGUGGCAGUGAUGGAAAUUACAUCAUUUUGCGAUAUUCCACUAUUGUCGCUGUUAUGGUUACCAGGGCGACGCGAUUGGAGUUUUGUUGGAAGUAUUGUUGGCAACAAGUUCCUGGGGGAAGUGUUCCCAAAUAUUCGGCUGGGGUUCAACCAGAGAGAGUUCAUCGUCACAACCAGGGCGAAUGGUCAGUACGACGACUGGGACAACAUGCACCGCCACCACAAAUACCGACUAACAGAGCCAGUCGACGCCACGUUUGGGCGUGAGAAGAACGGCAGAUGGACGGGCCUUGUUGGGCAGCUAGUACGACGGGAAGUAGAUUUUGCCAGCACGGGUUUGUCGUUUACCGUUGGCCGCGAGGCAGUGAUCGACUACGUCUCCACCCCACUCAAUUACGACUACAAGGACAUCGUGUACCGGAAGAUGGGGUCAGACGAGGGGAAGUGGCGCCUACUGCUUGACGUGUACAGCCCCCUGGUACUGCUGGUAGGCCUUGCAACAUACCUCAUCGUCAGCCUCCUACUGUUCGGUCUCCUGGCAGCGCCACCCUUCAAGACCAUCAUACACAGCACCACGUUCUCUUUACUCCAGGAAUCAUUCUGGUACAUGCUCGGAGCCAUAUUUCAUAAAGGCGGUUCCAGCCUUCCUGUGUCCUUGUCUGGGCGGAUACUGGUGGCCACGUGGUGGCUAUUCAGCAUCAUCUUCGCGUCUGUGUACAGCGCUAACCUUAUAGCCGUGUUCGCUGUGCCCAAGCCGGAGAAACCCUUCACGUCACUGAAGGAGCUGCUAGGCAGUCCGGACUACACCUGGGGCCUCAUCGGCGGGGGAUCCACGGAGGGGUUUAUCUCGACAUCCAUGGACCCAGAUAUCCAGGCUUUCUGGCGCAGCAUCGUCAGGUUCAACGAGACGGACAGCUCUGUUCUGAACGGAGACACGUACCUGCAUUUUGAGAAGGUGCUGAGGGGGCGGUACGCGGUGUUGUACGGGCACGAGCGGCUGAGCAAGGAGGUGGCCUGUCAAGUGGAAUACCUGGGGGCUAAACUGACCGUCUACUCUAAAGGGCUGGCUUUGCCCGAAGGGUCACCACUGAAGGUGGACCUGGACAAUAUAAUGCUGAAUCUCCAGGAGAAUGGAGUGCUGCGGUUGUUGGACAAGAAGUGGUUACGGAACGACUGGGAGUGUGGAGGCGACGGACGGACGAGCGUCUCAGUGAGCCUGGUGGACAUACAGAGUGUGUUCUAUGCCCUGUUCAUUGGCCUCGGGUGCGCCCUUCUGUCGCUCAUGCUGGAGUACCUAGCGCCUCGUGCCGGGGUGUCGUGCACGAAAACUUGGAAUGCCAAAUAAGAUAUA